AUGCCCAACAUCACGAUUUAUCAUAACCCAAAAUGCGGCACAUCGCGCAACACGCUCGCCCUGCUUAAGGCAGCGGGCGAAGAGCCUACGGUGAUCGAGUACUUGCAGACGCAGCCUUCGCGCGAGAAAUUGAAGGAACUUAUCGCCGCCACCGGCCAACCGACACGUGCCAUCAUGCGAUCGAAAGAAGCGAUCUUUACUGAGCUGGGCCUCGAUAACGAGUCAGUUAGCGAUGACCAGCUUCUCGAUGCCAUGAUGGCGCACCCGAUCCUGAUCAAUCGCCCGAUUGUCGUGACACCUCUAGGCACACGCCUUUGCCGUCCCAGUGAGGUGGUGCUGGACAUCAUGCCUGUGAAACCGCGAGGCUCCUUUACCAAGGAAGAUGGGGAACGGGUGCUGGAUGAGCAUGGCCAGCGUGUGUAA